AUGAAGUCAAAUUAAUAAAAAAACCAUUAUCUCCUAGAUGCAAUCAAAUUUAUUAAUAAAGUUUUAGCACAUGAAGAAAUUCAAUAAUCUAUGGCAAUUAGUGAACAUAAUGAUGAAUUUGAUUUCCUUCCUGAAUCUCUUAAAUCACAAAUUAGACCAUAAAAUGAUGAAAGAGAAAAAUUUUAGUUGCCAUCUUUGAUACUAAUGAAUCCAUGA